UGAAUUUCCUGUUUGAUAUGUCACAUGUGAAACUUGGCUGACAUCACUGGGAUGGCAGGUUUUUGUUUUAACUGAACUCGUGCUCAUUAUUCUGUAUGCCAGUACAACAGCGCUCAUUAAAAUGCAGUAUAACUUUGUACUACACUUUGUCAUGGUUUUGCCUGCUUUGUUUGAAACAGUUCAUGGACAUUAUGGAUAUUAUGUACUUCUCUGUCGUGAACUUGGCUCACUGGAAAAUGUUGAGUUUAUCUUCUCAAUAUACUACAACAAGGCUGAACUUAUAAGAUUCAACAGCACCGAGAAUAAGGUUGUUGGUUACACUGAAUAUGCAAUGAAAUGGGCAGAUGAUUUUAAUGCAAAACCUGAGUGGCUACAAAAGGAGGGAGAAAAAACUGUGGCAAGCUGCAAGAGCUAUGGAGCGCAGUUUCACCCUUUGAUAGAUAAAACAGUAAAACCAGAAGUCACUAUCCAAUCAGUAAGGCAGGCCAGUGGUAAACAACCAGCCAUGUUGAUAUGCAGCGCUUAUGACUUUUACCCAAAACUGAUUAAAAUGUCCUGGUUGAGGGACGGUGAGGUGAUAAAAUCAGAUGUGACCUCGACUGAAGAGCUGGCUGAUGGAGACUGGUAUUAUCAGAUCCACUCCCACCUGGAAUAUUUCCCAAAACCUGGAGAGAAGAUCAGCUGUGUAGUGGAGCACCCCAGCUCCAGUAAACCCAUCAUCUACCAAUGGGAUUCCUCUUCAUCUGAAUCUGAGUCUGAUAAGAUAAAGAUCAUUGCUGGGGCUGCAGGUCUUGUGGUGGGAAUCAUCAUGAUUGUUGGAGGACUCAUCUACUAUUUAAGAAAACGCAAUGCUCAUGUUAAUACAGCUACAGUUCAGCAGGACACCAGACUCACCCAACAUUUGCAGACACCGGCUGGAGAUUGAGUGACAGACUGUAAUGCAUCAAACAUCAUCAAACCUUGGCAAAGGUCUUCAAAAAAAAAAAGAAAAUAAACAAA